CCGCUUGUACGCCAACACAGCACUUGCAAAUUGAUUUAUUUUUGCUACUAUAUAGAGCUCUUGAUGUGAUGUUCCUAUGAACCAAACGAGACUUGCAACCAACGUUGUGUUCCGGAGUUAGAGUUAACUUUCCAGCGCUGCCGAAAGUACAUAUAUUCAGCCAAUUGCAUGUAUUUCUGGCACAACGAUCUUCUCUAGAGUAAGGAGACACGAUCCAGCUAAGAUUAACUUCUAGUAGUAGCUAACUAUGUCUACUAGCUGCAUGCAAAAUAUGAAACUCUGUGGUGCAGCUGUUCUACUACUAGCCACGCUUUUUUCUCACAAAUCUACUGAUUAAAAUUCGGCCACGCCCAUUGCUUUCAAAACUAUCUUGCCACGUGGAUAAAUCGAAAGUGCUACUGUGUGAGACGUGUUUCCAGGUACUAGGUGCUUCUAGGCUCGCUUCUAGGUUACAUAUGGCUGAAGUACCGCUAAAAGAAAGAAUAUUUUAUAGCCGUACUAAGAAAGCUGCGACUGUAUGUGAAGUUAACUCAAAAAAUCGCCCACCCUCAUACAAGCAUUGGGAUUUGAAAACCGUAAGCACUGCUUGUUCAGCUAUUAGAAAUGGUACGUUGAGUCAACGACGUGCUGCUGAAGAAUAUGGUAUUCCUAGGUCCACACUGGGCGAUUACUAUCGAGGAAGCACUCUUCCUGGUGCCAAAAGUGGCCCAAACAAGUAUCUCUCUGAUGCAGAAGAAGCAGAACUGACCAGGUUCUUGAUUAGAUGUGCCUCUGUUGGCUUUCCUAAAACCAGAAGUAAUGUAAUUGCAAUUGUGCAAAGAGUGUGCGACCGUAAAGGAGUCAAGGUCACAGUCACUCAUGGUUGGUAUGAAAGCUUCACAAAGCGACACUCGGAACUAGUUUUGCGAAUUCCUGCUAAAUUGUCUGUAGCAAGAGCAAAAGCCACGGAUGGAGUGAGUGUUCAGACUGGGAGAAAGAAAACAGCUCCAGACGACCAAGCUCCUGUUGUUGUCAUUGAUCCUGAGAGCCCAGUGAAAAGCAGCGGGGAAAGUGCUGCAAGGAAUGUCAAAUCUACGCCCUUUAGUACACGUGCUGGUGACUCGAAGGCAUAUAAGGUACACUUUCAAGUAUCCAAUGAAUCAUUGCUUGAUGACUCAGAAACAAAUCCGUGCUUAAAAGAUUGGGUUAGUGAUCUUGGUCUCUCUCUUUAUGAGAAACAAGCCCUUCAACGUAAUGCUUGGCUGUCAGCAAAUCAUAUUUCUGCUGCAAAUAUGCUGCUCAGAAGAGAAUUCCCUCAUCAAAACGGACUUCAAGAUACUAUGUACUUGCUUGAAAAUCUCCAGUGGAGAUCGUCAGCUCAUGAAUUUGUGCAAAUAAUUCAUGUUGGAGGAUUUCAUUGGGCGUGCUUAUCAAAUAAAUUAUCAUCUGAUGCAAGUAAAAUACAGCUGUAUGACAGUCUUCACAUAGAACCUGGCCCUACCAUUAUUGAACAGUCUUGCACGAUUCUCCAUUGUAUGAAAGACCGUUUCACAAUCCAAGUUGUGAAUGUUCAACUUCAGUAUACUGGUGAUUCUUGUGGUUUGUUUGCCAUCGCUAUGGCUUAUGAUUUAUGUUCUGGUCGAAACCCUUUGAAAAUCAGCUACGAUGAAUCGAUGAUGAGAGUUCAUCUGGAGCGUUGCUUCAACAAUCGUGAACUGUCACGCUUCCCACGAGCUGCAAAAAAAAGGGAUUGCCCCAAGACAAUAGUCGCAAAAACGCAGGUUCCUGUAUACUGUAGUUGCCGAUAUUCUGAUGUGGAAGUCACAUCGAGGUUUGGGGAUAUGGCGUCAUGUGACAGUUGCAGUAAAUGGUACCACCAGGAUUGCGAAAACAUUCCGAACGCUGUUUUUAAUGAUACUCAAAAAACAUGGUUUUGUAUGUCGUGUAGCCAGUAAUAAUAAUAUUGUUUUUAUGUUCUUUUUGUAGUCUAUUUUGUCUAUUUUGUCUGUGGUACCAUAUAAUCGUUGAGGA